UAAGCCACGCCCACUAUUAAUGAUAUCUGAAAGUCUAGUCAAAGAAGAUGCCAACAAUAUUAGAGAAGAUAGCAGAGAUAGAGGCCGAGAUGGCCCGUACUCAGAGGAAUAAAGCCACAGCCAAUCAUCUCGGAAUAUUGAAGGCAAGAUUAGCUAAACUGAGAAGGGAAUUGAUUCAGCCUAAAGGAGGGGGCGGAGCUAGUGGGGAAGGAUUUGAUGUAGCUAAAACUGGAGAUGCUAGAGUUGGAUUUGUAGGUUUUCCAUCAGUCGGUAAGUCAACUCUACUGACUAAUCUUGCUGGAGUCUAUUCUGAAGUUGCUGCUUAUGAGUUCACCACACUAACUACAGUACCGGGUGUCAUCAGAUAUAAAGGAGCUAAAAUACAAUUGCUGGAUCUUCCUGGUAUUAUCGAAGGUGCUAAGGAUGGAAAGGGGCGGGGCCGACAGGUGAUAGCAGUUGCUAGAACCUGCAGUCUAAUAUUCAUAGUCCUGGAUGUUUUGAAACCACUCGAACACAAGAAAAUACUAGAAAAAGAACUGGAAGGUUUUGGAAUCAGGUUAAAUAAAAAACCUCCUAAUAUUCAUUACAAGAAGAAAGAUAAAGGAGGAAUUAAUUUGACAUGUGCUGUCCCCCAGUCGCAGUUAGAUCUUGACAGUGUCCGUAGUAUCCUCUCAGAGUACAGGGUCCAUAAUGCUGAUGUGACGUUAAGAUGUGAUGCUACAGCUGAUGACCUAAUAGACGUGGUUGAAGGAAACAGGAUAUACAUUCCUUGUAUCUAUCUGUUGAAUAAAAUUGAUCAAAUCACUAUUGAAGAGUUGGAUAUUAUUUAUCGUAUACCUCAUGCUGUUCCAAUUUCAGCUCAUCAUAAGUGGAAUUUCGAUGACCUACUGGAAAAAAUGUGGAACUAUCUCAGCUUAGUCAGAAUUUAUACUAAACCCAAAGGUCAGUUACCCGAUUAUGCUACACCAGUCGUAUUGCAUCAAGGACAUUCAUCAGUCGAAGAUUUGUGUAAUAAUAUUCAUAAAAGCAUCAUGAAAGAAUUCAAAUAUGCAUUAGUCUGGGGGUCAUCUGUCAAACAUAAUCCUCAAAGUGUUGGGAAGGAACACGUUUUAAAUGAUGAAGAUGUUGUACAGAUUGUUAAAAAAAUAUGAGAAAGACAUUUUGACAUUAUUGUAAAAUAAAAACAACAAAACUAUGAUUAUUGUUAUUAUUAUUAUUAUUAUUAUUAUU